AUGCAGCACAACAGCUUUUUCCUGGGGUGCAAUUACUCAAACAGUCACAUUACAGAUGCUACAACUGGCUGGAGUUUGUGUCCUGUUCAGGACAUUGAUACGGUCUUGACCAAUAGAUACGGCGUGAAUGUGAAUGUGAAUGUUGAUGAUACAUUCUCUUUAUUGUAUCGUGAUCUUUAUGUUAGACAGUUGAAGGAAGAAUUGAAGCACACCAUGCUUGUACAUGAAUCUGUCUUUGAAAGUCAGAUUCAUGAGCUUCAUCGACUGUAUCAGAGGCAGAAGGAACUGAUGAUGGAAAUGGAGGUAACUCGACAUAACGAAGCCUUGUACCUAAAUUCUGGAUUCCCUGGUCCUAGAACACACUGGAUGAGUUCGAGCGUCUCUGCAUAUCAUACUGGGAGUUUUCCUUAUGAAGAAGACAUUCCUAAUCAAAUUGAAGCUGUAGCUAAUGUUGCCAAGUCUGAAAAGGUCUUGGAUUUGGAAUUACCGGUUUUUGAGUAUAAUGGGGAAGAGAGAGGUUUUAUGAAUGGCGAGGUCGAUGGAGUUCCAAACUUUCUGAAAGAGCAAUCUCUGAGAAGGAUGUCUCUGGAAUGUGGUAGGCAGUCAAAUAAACCGCAACUUGAUUUGAAUGAACCGGCCAAGAUCGAGGAACAUUCAGAUUAUGGGUUCAACCAGUUCCUUAGUUCAGUUACAUCAAAUGAAAUUGGAGAAGAGUCUGAUACAAAGAAUGAGGGAGAGGAUUCAGUAAAGGAUUCCUAUGGGAUGGAUGAAGCGGAAGGCCAACCGUUAUCUGCAAAAUGUCAAGGAGAGUAUGGAAUUGACUUGAAUGUGUCUCUCCUUUCAACCGAAGGAGUGACUAUUGUUAAGAAGUUUGUGACUGAGAAACCUCAAGAGUCUUUAUCGGUUUCUUUGCAUGAAAAACAUGGAUCAAAGCAGUCGCGAAUGAUAGUUCAAGCGCUACCAUGUUCAAAUAGUAUUUUACUUUUGGCCAAGCAGUAUAAGCCAUUAAUGAGAGGCUCAAUGCCAGGGAAGAAGGUUAAACUUGGUCCAAGCAACAAAACUUUGAAAGGCUCAGAUCGUGACCCGCACUCGAGUGCUCAAGCCACCUCAGAAUCUCAAAGCAAUCAAAUGAGUAUGGAGAAAGGGAGUUCAAGUUCUUUGUCUAAGGUGAUUUCUACAAGAAACCGGACCAAUCUAGAAAAGAAAAGGACUUGUGAACAACAAAUGAAUUUCAGUAAUUGUCAGAACGUAGUAACGAAAAAGAGGGCAAGAACCAAACGGAAGAAAAGCAGAAGGAUUUAUCUUGUUACAGAGGGAAAUUAUCAAGAAAUAUCUGCUGCUAAGGCUAUAGUUGAUAUGUCUAGAGAGCCAGGUCGAGAAACGUCUGAUUUUAUCACUUCGUUAUCCAAAAAUCUACUUUGGUUGGCCGAGAUCUCUUCUUCGGUUGUUGAGGACUACGAAAUAGAGGAUUUUGAUGCCAUGACAUUGCAUCUGCCGCUAGAGGAGCACAAGAAAAGUUUUAGAUUGAACUCUGCAGACAACAAAACAGCAGCCUCCAGUAUCGUCCAUGUAAGGCAGAGGAGAAGCCGGGCCAGGCAGGGGAAGCGGAAAUGUAAAGAUGACCAGCACGUUGAUAACUCAAGCUUUGGCACGUUUCCAGAAUGUGAAGCCAAUGAGGACCUGCAGGUACUAGAGAAGGUAACUGAGGCUUCUGAAUCAAAAUGGGCUUGCAUGUUCCCCGAGAACACUCCUCCUAAACCAAGAGACGCUUUCAUUUCCUCGGUGGAAGAAAAAACGGGUGUCGAUUGGGGAGUAAUCAAAAAGCAAAGACGGAGCUCUAGAAUUCCUGCUUCCGAUUUUCAGCAAAUGAUCAUCAACUAA